AUGAUGCAAGUGAAUUCUAAGAAGAACUAUAUCCACCACCAAAAACAACAAUCUUCUUCUUCUUCGUCUUCUUCUUCUUCUUCCUCUUCUUCUUCAACAUUAUCAUCAUCAUCAACCUCCUCAUCCUCAUCCUCAUCCCCCCCAAAACUCCCCCACGAAGACCCCGAACUCACCAAACUCGAACUCGAACGCCUCACCCACAACAUGAUCGCCGCCUUCAACGCCCAAGACUUCCACCCUCUCUCCCCCGCCUGGUCCCACCACGCCCCGACAGGCGAUUUCAGUCUCCCCUCUGUCGCCGAAGAUUUAAUUUUCAACACCUUGAAUUCCACAACCUCCCCUCCCUCAACCUCCUCCUCCACAUCAACAUCCACGACUUCUUCGACGACUACGGCGUCUACGACGACAAUCCACCCCCUCCUAACCCCCCCAACCCUAAUCCCCCUAACAUCCCACCUCCGGCAAAUGGAACUCAGCCGACAAAUUUUCUCGCAUUACGAAUUACGCAUCAUCAACAUCCUCUCCAAAGUGGAUUUGAAAAAAUUCGUGGCGAAAACUUGGUUGAAUGUGGAAACUACGGGGUUGCCGGAGGGUGUGGUUUUGCAUAGUGUGGGGCUGUUGGAGUGGAGGUUGAUGCGGGUGGAUGAAGUGGAUGAGGAUGGGGAGGAGGGGGGGAGGAUGAAGUGGUUUUGUGUGGGGAGUAAAGGGUUGAGGGGGUUUAUGGGGUGGGAGUGA